AUGCGAUUUCACAUCACAGUCUCCGCCAAAUAUUUUCAAGAUGAUUUGAAGACCACAAUACAGGACUUGGCUCUUUUGCACAAAUUGGACUCGCAGGAUGCUGCGGUGGAGCAGGGUGAUGAAGAAGAGAGCGUCGAGGGGGAAUCGAUGGAAGAGAUCUGCUUCUGGAUCGCAUCCAAAUGCAACUCUGUCAUGAAGCUCUUAUCUUCGGAGGAGCGAAAACCUCGAGUGCGAACUCUGCAGGAUUGGUUCGACAUACAAACCUUGGGUCUUACCCUACAGACUCUAAAUGAGAAGUUCCAUAUUCAGUCGUCGAACGCGGAAUUCCCUCGGUCGAAGCUUGAAGAGUCAUAUUGUUAG